UUCGUUCCUGACCUCUGAAAGUUUGAGAAAAGAAAAAAAAGUUAAAACCUGAAAAAAAUUCUAUUUGAAUGAAUAAUGGUGUAUCAGUUGAGAUGAAAGUGAAAUGGUUCUAGAUAACUGAGUACAUCAAUUUCAAUAUGGCUUACACUGCAGAAAAUGUAGAACAGGCAGUGCUUCAGUUUUAUCAGCAGUCAAUGGUUCAUCCACAGAUACAUGAAUGGUUAACUAAAGCACAGAUUUCAACAGAAGCCUGGUCAUUUUCUUGGGAACUUAUGGGUAGUCAUAAAACUGCAGAAGUACAGUAUUUCGGUGCAAAUUCCUUACAUGUGAAAAUUUCUAGGUUUUGGCAUGAAGUGCCCCCUGAUCAGUAUGAUGGUUUACAAAGCAGAUUAUUGGAUAAAAUCAUAGAAUUUGGUGCUGGACCUAAGAUUGUACUGACAAGGCUGUGUGUUGCUAUUUCUUCAUUAAUACUUCAUAUGACACCAGAACACUGGCCUGACCCAUUGUUGACAUUGGUACAAAGUUUUCAGGGAGAUAAUAUUCCUAACUUAAAUAGUACACAGAGGCUACAUAUAUUGUUAGAGACUAUCAGGGUGCUACCAGAGGAGUUUUUCAGUUCCAGUCUUGCUCAGAACAGACGAUCUCUACUAAGACAGGAACUUACAAAAGGUUUACAGCAUGUUCUGACCUUACUGCAGAGUCUGAUGAUACCUACUUCACCAGAAGAUGCGCAAGACCAGGCCCUCAAGUGCUUCUCUAGCUGGGUUGAGUUUGGUGUGCCUGUAAUGGAGGGAGAACCUGUGAUACUACAAGUCUUUCAUACCUUGUAUAAUCCUAAUCUGUUUGAUACAGCUGUGGAAAGUCUAGUCAAUGUUUUCUCUCAUCCUGAUUCCCUUAGAUUUCCAUACACAAUACAGAAAUUCCUUCCAAAUGUAUUACAAUUAUCUGAGAUGUUUAAAAAGGCCACAGAAUCUUCUGAUAUGGAUGUGUGUCAAGGAAUUUGUCAGAUAGUUGUGGCAUUAGCAGAGAAUCAUACCAAGCUAAUCAUUGAUGCCUCAUUGUGUCUGGAUGAUGAAAGGAGAAAUAAUGUUUUAAAUCUGAUAAAAAUGGUUCUGGCCUGCACAUCAAUUCCAGGUCAUUAUCCUAUAGAUGAGAACUUUAGUAACAUGCCAUUUACCUUUUGGUAUGUUCUACAGGAUGAGAUUUUAGAGUCUGACCCAUCAAAAUGUCAGCUGUUGCUGCCUGUGAUACAACCAUUCUUUUUUUCACUGGUAGAAAUUCUGUUAAUCAAAGUUCAGUACCCUGAUGAUCAAACAUAUACUUCUUGGACCUCAGAUGAAGUAGAACAAUUCCGAUGUUACAGACAAGACAUAGGGGAUACCAUGAUGUAUUCCUUCAGCAUAUUAAGAGAACCAUUAUUAGGAUACUUGUGUUCUGUGUUAGGGUCUUGUGUAGAUAAAAAUGAAUCUAACACAAUACAAUGGCAGUUGGCAGAAGCUAUAUUCUUCCUGUUUGGAUCAGUAGCAGAAAGUGUUGAUUUAGAAGAAAACCUGUACAUGCCUAAUGUAAUGAAUCUCAUUCCAAAACUACCUUACGACAAUAUAAAGUUUAUCUCCACAGCAUUAUAUAUGGUUGGAUCUUUUGGUGAAUGGUUGAAUUAUCAUCCAGAUAUACUUGGAUCUGUGAUACCUCUGAUACUGCAAGGUCUAACAAAUAGUGAAGUAGCCACAGCAGCUACAAUGUCACUUAAGGAUGUCACCAGAGAGAAUCUAGAUCAUAUCACCCCAUUCAUUCAUCAGAUCUUAUCUUCUAGUCAGAAUGCGCUGAAUAGCAAUACUCUUAAGAGUAAAGACUGUAUCAGACUAAUGUGUUCUAUUGGACAAGUGCUGUCAGUUCUACAGUUUGAAGAAAUCAUGCAGUAUCUGAAUGCAAUACUAACACCUCAUCUACAGCAAAUGGACGAACUAUCUAAACAAGAUCCAUCAACAGUAGUGAAGAAUGCAAUAUUACUGAAGCUGAAGAUGUUAAGUUGGUUGUUCCAGUCAUUAGAUACAGAAAGAGAAAAAGAGGAGGAUGUAGAGGAAGGUCAGCAAAAACAAGUCAAGGUCAAAUCUGACAAACCUAAACCAGUAUAUGUUGUAUUGCAACAGAUAGCACCAGUUGUUCAAGCUUUGGUUACAAAAUGGAUAAUGGAUCCUAGUGUUAUAGAGGCUGUAUGUGAAUUAUUUAAGAAAUCUCUUAGAACUUUAAUGGAUGAUUUUACAACAAUAGCACAAGAUGUUUCACAGAUGUUAGUUCAGAUGUACCAAGCCAUCACGCAUCCUGCUAUAUUAGAUCUGUCAAAACAGUUAAUUCUGAUGUUUGGUGAAGAUGAGUGUUAUAAAGAGACAUCAAAUGCCUUAUUUAGAUCUCUAUGUGAUAAAACACUUACUCUGUUUCAACAAGGUGCUAACCAGUCCUUUACAGAUGUCAUAGAAGGAUUUAUGAAUUUCCUGGCUCAGGUUAUGAAGAAAAGCAGACAUAUCAUAUUAAACAGUGGAUGUAACAUAACAGGUAUAUUUCAUGCUGGUAUUCAGUCAUUAAGUCUUCCUGAACAUUAUACAGUUAAAGCUUCCUCAUCAUUCCUGAUUGAACUGAUAACAUUCAGUCCAGAGAUACCAACCUUAAAUCAAGUUAUCACAUCAGAUGGACAUGUGUUGGUAGAUAAAGUUUUAAGGUCCGUUGGAGGGGAAUCACCUAGAAGUAUAAUAGAAAACAUUUCAGAUAUUUUAUUCACAUUGAACAAGGUUUACACAGAGCAGCUUGCAAAAUGGUUGCAUGAUUUACUGGCUAAAGAGGGAUAUCCUUCACCUAGGGUUAAUAAUCAAGACAAAGAACAGUUCAUUAAAGCAGUUUUAAGAGAAAAAGGAAACAAAAGGCGCGGAAGAGAAAUUGUGAAGGAGUUUACACUUAAAUGUCGAGGACUAUUUGGAACAGAGUAUGCAGCACAAGCAUCUGCAUUUUUGUGAUAGGUGUUCAGUCUGAUGUUUAGGACCACGUAUUUGUAGUAUUUGUUCAGCUGUUCAGGAGAGUUGUAGGUUGUAGCAGCAAAGAAAAAAUUAGGGCAUUGAAAAUUUCCAUGUUGGUGGAUUCAUUGAUUUUUUUCCAGGACAAAAUGAUUUAGGGUAUCUUAUUCUAUGAGAUUACCGUAACAUUAUAUACAUCUGUGAUAUUAGUGUAUUGCUGCAUGCUGUAAAUAAUAUACCAUGUGGAUGGUAGUACCUUGAUUCUCUAGUUACACUGGAUUCACUCAUCCAUUUAACAAACACACAAAGAUGCAUUUUUUCUGCUUCAUUGUGAUUUGUAUUCAAGUUAUUUUUAGAAAUUGUUUAGUGGAUGAAGAAACAAAAAUGAAAUUAACCAAUCAUUUUUAUAUUUUAUAUACUUGAUAAAUUUCGGCUAAUGUUGUUCGUAAUUGCUGUAAGGUGAUUACAACUUUUGACAGCAAAUAGAUACCAGGCAUGUUUUAUUGAACCAUCUCCAAUAUACAUCAGCAAUGGGCAAGUCAGGGUUCAUUGCACCAUCACACACCUUAGGUCAGUUGGAACAAGAAAUUAGUCUUAUGUUAAUUUAUGACUGAUCAAUACUCAGAAAAUGACAUUGCAACCAAAACAUUCAAAUUAAUCUGUUAUCUACCAGUAAAUGGUUGUAAAAAUGUGCAAAUAUUUAUUGGUACAGAAAUAAAAUAUCAAUUUAGUUGAACAUUACUUACUCUCAAUGCAAAAUAAAAUUUUGUGCAAUGAAUAACUUAAGUGUGAUUGGAUCCAUGAAAUGCAUUGUUUUUGUGGUUACCAAAUAGGAAAUUUGUUUCAAUUGAUCAAGUCUAAGGAUAAACAAUCACUUGUAUUCUGCAGAUGGGUUUAUUAUAUUAGCAUGUUUUAUUACCUCUCAACAUGUAGUACUAUGUACAAGUUCAAUUUCUGAUACUGAAUGAAUCAUUUUGUUAUGGAAAUAGUUUUAUGUGUGUUUUGCUUUUAUAUACGGAGUGUGGCAAUAUUUAUGCAUAGAAGGCCAUAAAAUAUAUGUGCUGUUUCUCAGAUCCCUUCCAAUACCUUUCUAUAAAGAGAUGACAACAAAUGUUUUGAUUGGACUUCUUCUAAAAUUUACCAAACAAAUUAAAAGUAAAAAGUUAUUAACAUCCCACAAUUAAAGAAGUUGCUCCCCACUCUUUGAUUCUUACCUCAAGACUAAAUAGCUUCCCACAACUGUUAUAAAUGACUGAGAAACAGAACAAUAAUAUUCCAAAUUGCAAAAGUGUAUGAGGUUGAUAUCUCACGAGCCUUUCUAGUGCUAGAGUGUUUUCUGAAUUAAUUGGUGCUUUUCAGCUCACUAAGACCAGCGGUUCAUGUAAGUUAUUGUCAUCACCUGGCGUCUGUCAUUGUUAUCAAUGUUUAAAAACAAAUCUUUAUCUUUGCAAAUCAUUCAUGUAUAUCAGAUGAUCUCAUUGGUCAACAAACAAUUACUAUAGAUAAAGGAAAGGGGAGUGAUAUAGGUAAAGAGCUGUAAAUUCUGAAAUUUUUGCCAUGUUUUUAUUAUUGCAACAAGAUAGGUUUCGCAGACAUAAAAUCUUGCAUUUUAAAUUUUGAUAGUACUAAUUUGAUGCAGCAUUUCCUGAAAUGGAAUUACUUAAUCUCGAUUUUUGUCCAUUGUUCAACAAUACAAAAAGUAAAUAUGUGUACUAGUAUACACAAACAUUUCUGAAUUUACAGUAAGUAAAUAUGUGUACUAGUAUACACAAACAUUUCUGAAUUUACAGUAGCUAUAACUUUCAAGUAUUUUGCUAGUAUUUGUAACACAGUAACAAGGUUUUCCUUUUGCUUGAAUUCACACAUUCAUUUGUGAUGUUUUGAGGUACCUAUUUUACCCAUAUUAUGUUAGUUACACAUGCAUUUCAUACUUAAUUGACUUUUGUACAGUUUCAGAUUUAAAAUCAGCUAUCAGAUACUAAAUGGCAAACAUUCAAGUAAUUUGGUUUUCAGAUGUACCUAUUUUUUUAGAUUUUUCAUAAGCUAAAUGUUAGGUCAGUAUGACAGCUUCUUACUAAGUUAAGUCAGUAAUUUGACCUAAACAUCAUGCAGCAGUGCUGUUGACUAAGAAUUUUAUCUUCAGUUUAGUUGGAUAUUACAUGUAAACUGUAUAGUGAUUGUCAAGGAAAAUAAAUCUUCUUACAUGUUCUAACAUUACUUUUAGUUUCACACAUCAUAGACCUAGAAAAUAACAUUAUUUCCACCAAAAUUAGGACACCUCAAUUAAAAUUUUAAGAUCUAUUUCUGGGAACUAUUUUCAAAUACCAAUCUUUAUUCAUACCUAUAAUGGUUUACUUUUAUAAAUUGUGACUUGGAUGGAGAGUUGUCUCAUUGGCACUCAUACCACAUCUUCUUAUAUCUAUUGAUUGCCUGUCAGCAUUUACUAAGUCACAAAUGCAUCAUUUGUCUGACAGUUUCCAAGCCAAAAAUUUGUUAUGCACACGUCAUAUAGAACUGAUCAGUAAAGUUCUAUGCCACUUUAGCAUGGUUAUUAUAUAUUACCUAAGUCUUUUCAGUUACCCAUAAAAAAUAUGCCCACAUGACCUACAUUCCACGAUUCAUCUUUGACCUAAUUUUUACAUUUGCACCACAUAGAUAACUUUAGGAAAAAAGUCUGUCCAACUAUGAUACAAACUUCAUAAAGUGCUUGUAGAAGAAACCUUUGUUUUUUCAUAAAAAUGGUGAAAUAUUCUCAUCAUAAUGAGACAAAGGCAUCUAACAAAUUUAUUCUUGAAUUUUGUUUGAAUUUAUGCAUAAUAUUUAGAGCAUUUCAGAUGAAUGCAUUGUAUUUGUUUUGAAAUAAUUUAUCCUAUUAAUUUUUAUUCUACAAUUUAUUUCUAGAUGGUUCUAUUAUAUUUCACAAAAGUGGUUUUUCAUGAAAAAUGAACGGGUAUAAUUUAUAAAAUUUGUAUAGUUUUUCAUAUAUGGGUGAAACCUUUUUAUGUGUAAUAAAAAACUGUUAAAAAAAUUUCUGUAUUUUGGUUGUAAACUGGACUUAUUUUAUAACACUAUAACAUUAGAUUUUCCAUGUUUAAAAGUAGGUUUUUCAAAACUUAAAUAUGAAUUUCAUGGAAUUUGAAUAAUAAAAGUUUAUAAAAUCUGAAGAAACCUCAAUUAAAAAAGGUUUGAAAAAUCAUUUCAUUUGUCUUUUUUUCAUUUUUUUAUACCUGGACUUUGAUUUUUACAUCAGUAUCCAGGUUUAUCACUGAGACAGAAAAAAACAAAGCUUUUUGAAAUUGGUAUAAUUAAAAAAAAAUGGAUGACAGCAAAGCAAUGGAAACACGAUCUCUUUCCAAAAUAAAAUAAUAAAUAACAGACAUCAGUUAACAUCAAUGUUCAUGUACCUGUCCACAUUCUUAUCUAAAGAAAUGUUAAUUGAACUAUAAACUAACUUUGUAGGUUCAUCUCAGUUUGUUACAUUUUGUAUUUGGGCAUCCUUAAAUAAUCUCAGCAGUAGGUUUACUUUGGUAAAAAAGUUUUAUACUGUAUUUCAUAUUGCUUCAUUAAUUUAGUUUUUAAUGCUGAGGAUCAAGUGAACCAUUGUUUUAUUCUUAAGGAAGAUAAGUUAUUAAGUGUGCUUAAUUGUACUAUUCUACAGUUGUAUUUUUUCCAUUUUCAUAUUGUAUUUGUAAAUAUUUGCUAUUUAUGAACAAUAUUUGUCAAGGAAUUAUUAAAAUAAAGAUGUAGAUCAUUUUAAAUCUCAGCAUUUCUAUUGAUCUAUGGGAAUUUAA